AUGGCGGAUGUCCUGACUUUCCAAGAGCUAGCGGCGCUGGCUCUUGAAGAUUCGAUACUGGCCAGGAUAGAAACCUCAAGUGAAGAUGAUUACUACAGGCCCUCCAUUGCAGAUCAACAAAAAGUGGGAUUUUUCAGUCAAGACCGGGCUACGCAAACUACACACUCGGAAAUUGUUGACUUGAAGGAAAUGACAGAUAUUUUAAUUAAACUCAGAUCUGAUGCCAAAACAUUAAAGAGAGAACUAUCUCUAGCCAAACAAGUUAUGCAAGCUGAAUAUGAGAAUAAAUUACAAGAAAAAGCAUUAGAUUUAUACUGUAGAGUUAAUGAGAGGAUAGAUGAUGUUGAAAGGAUGCAUGACGAACGAGUUGGGGUCGUUAGAAGAAGUUUUAGACAACAGUUAGCUGAUGCACUCGUCAAGGUCAACAAUGACUGGAAGCGACAUUAUGGCUUAAAGAUGAAAGAAGAACAGAAGAAAGAAAAGAGUAAAAAGAAUGAAGCUGCGGAAGAAAUCAAAGAUUUGCAAAUGCAAAUACAGCAACAAGAUUCAGUAAUUCACAUGCUGAAAAUGCAACUACAGCAAUACACCGGACAACAACAACAACAACAACAAGAUGAUUCAGUGUCAUCGAGGUCAGCUAGCUCUCUUCCUGAAGUACAAGAGUUGAAAACAGAAUUAGACAAGAUGUACAGUAAGAUCGGCCAUUUGGAAGAUGCACUUGAUACUAAAGAGGAAAUUACAGAGCAGUUAAAUAAUGAAAUAAGUCAGCUGCAUCAAGAAUUAGAAAAAGAACGAGUUACUAUCAACCAGCUUAUGGCUGAAAAACAAGAGUUGUCUGCAUCAGCAGAACAGGAUAAAGCUGCCAUAAGGAGACAGUUAGAAAAGCAACGAUUGGAGCUGGAACGAGAAAUGCACGACAAACUUUCAAAAGCCAAAGAUGAUGUUCUUAACUUAGCCAAAAAUCAAGCAGAAGAAUUACAAAAACGAGAAGAAGAGAAAAACAAACUUCUGAUAGAACAGAAAAAAGCUGCUGAGUCUCUCAUGGCUAAGGUAGAAUCUUCAUUUUAG